AUGGAAACCACUGGAAAUGAGCAGCCUUUCAAGGAGCAUCGGGUACCGCCCAUGACUGCGACAUCAAAUCUCCCAAGCGCGAACGCGAAAAUUCCAGCACUGGAGCCGGACGAUGAAUCAGAAUGGGAGUACGAAUACUCAACGACAGAGACUGAGACCUACUAUCUCACGGUCGAUCUCUCACUUCCUGAAUUCGUCUACAGAAACCCAAGUGGCAUCAUGCACUUCGGUAGGGGAGGAUACUAUGCCGACUGGAUCAAGGACCCCGAGUCGGAACAUAAGCGAUCGAUCGCCCACCGCGUAGUUCCCCCUGGAGGCACUCUCGAUGACGAGGACGAUGAAGACGACGACGACGACGAACCACUCCCGGAACCUGAAGACGACCUCGACGAAGUAGAUCCAGAGUUGGAUGGCUACAUGGGUCAACGACCACAGGAUGGCGAUACGGAAGUCGCCGAUGACCAACUCGUAGAAAGAGAUAUCGAGAUAUUGGAUUUACACACAGAACACCCCAUAAUAUCCUAUAGGGGGAAGGUUUUCGAAGGGAGCUGGGCAGAGGUACUAGGAACUGAGCUUAUAUUUGCCGGACGCGACGAAGCAGCGCCGCUUCCCGCGUUGCGCCGACUACCGGGCGAUGUCGACCUACUAGCGGCGAGUUCGGCACGAAUCCUCACGACGGAGAAAGUCCUCAAGAUACCCGACGAACUAGACAGGUUGAAGAAGACGCGCGAGGCCUACGGGAUACGGCUCCCUGUUCUCGGAAAGCACCACUACGAUGAGAAGAAGAAGCAGGUUCGGUUCUUGGAGAACCUCAUGGCUCUCAAGAUCAAGAAGGGUGAGAGGGAUCUAGUGACGGUCACGGCUCGCCCUGCGCCAGACAAACUGUUCAUCGACGACCGAGAUCCAGAUUGGAUGCCGAGGAGGCCGAGGACAAGGAUCUUGCCUAGGGAACUUACCAUGCCCGUGGGCGAGACACCGAGAAAGGACGGUCAACGGAAGCCUUUGCCUUUCAGUCGGCCGUCGGUGGGUGCCCCUCAGGCUGGUCCACUUGGAGGGGUUCCAGCUACGUUGAGAGAAACUGGCGGGUCAGUGCCAACGCCUGAUAGUUGGGCGGAUAUCUUGCCGGAGGCAGACGAGUCGGGUGAGGGUGAGGAUGAGGAAGAGUACGAUGAGGAUGAGAUGGAGUAUGAUGAGGAUGGUGACGGCGACGUACGCAUGGGAUAG